AUGUAUAUGACGGUUGGUAAUUACCUUACUGCGCUGCGCUGCGCUGUCGCAAAGCGUGCCGUUGCAGCUGGGUCUAAUAGCGGGGUUGACUUAGGUUGUGACCGGGGGCCGCGUGAGUGGAACUGGGACUGGGCGGAAAUAAAUCGUGUAACGCAUGGCAGAAUGGGGCUCCGAGGCUUCUUCGAUGUGUCUCGACGAACUGGCAACGGCCACAAUAAAUCGCAGUGCUACGGAAUGUCGGUGUUUGCCGGAUACGAGUCGGACGUCAGGCUCUAUGCUGACUUGAAAGUCGAUAAGGGCUCAACGGUCGGUCGGACUGGUUCCGCUAUGUUAGCAGCGAAAGACAAUAAGUGUCGCGUGUUUCUGCGGCUAAAAUGA